AUGACUACUUUCGACGGCGCGCGUCACUCUCUGUGGUUUAUCGUGUACGUUGUGGCAGGCGUCGGAAUAUUAUUAACUCUGCUGGGCGAUGCGUAUUCGAAUGCUGUCAUUGUGUGUGACAUGUACCCACAAUUUUCAUUCCUGGAGACUUUAUGGGAAGAACUGGCCAUGCACUACACUCGCCUUCCGUUUUUGCGUGUACAAGUACCCACGCUACAUCUUUUGAGUGCAUAUGCUGUUAUCUAUGUUGUCAAACACUGGGGCUUAGUAGAUCAAGGCUGGCCACUAUUUUUUGAUCUUCUCUCAGGUCGCUGGCUCUACCACCAACUGUUUGAUUCUCUUCCGACACAUCUAUCAUCUGUCUUCUCUGAGCCAGACAUGCCCGAGCUACUGUCCGAUGAUGAAACACCUGAAGUGAUUGAAGAUGAAACGAAAAGGAAUCAUUCUGAUGAACUCACGUCGUCAUUGGUAGACAAGGACACAUGCAAAGAAGCAUUAGCUAAGCUAAUGCAGGUGAAGCUGCAGUUUGCAAAUCGAACAGUCUCUCGACCUGACGAUUGGCUAGUGUUUGAUCCAUUACAGGAGAAACUAGUGCUGCAGAAAGAUGUAUUACAUCUGAACAAUGCUACGAAUGACGACAGUUUUGGCUUCAGUGAACAGAUAGAAGAUAGGCAAACAUUAGAAUGUGCAACUACAAUAGACUCGCAAUCGAAAGUAGCCAAAGAACCAGAGUUAAGAUUAUAG